CCAAUUAUCAUCUCUAGUCAGUGGUAGUCUCUGAUAGAGAGGAUGACUUCUUCCUUGACCUUCCGAGGAGCCUCAUUGUCUACUUUAUGCUCCCAUCAAUGGACUCACGAUGUGUUCUUGAACUUUAGAAACUCUGAUACUCGCAGAAAUUUUUAUUGCCUAUCUAUACGACUUUUUGGAUCGAAGGGAAGUCAAGAACUUCCUAGCUUUUCAGCUGCUUGAAAGAGGAAAUGAAAAUCUUUCAUCACAUCUCGAGACUGUUGAAGGGUCAAGGAUUUUGAUCGUUGUACUCUCUCAAAAUUAUGCAUCAUCCAAAUGGUGCUUGGACGAGCUAGUGAAGAUCCUUGAGUGUAAGGAAACGAAAGGACAGCUCAUUGUGCCAAUGUUUUACAAAAUAGAUCCAUCGGAAGUACGGCAUCUAAAAGGUAGUUUUGGAGAUGCAUUUGCCCAAUAUGAUAAAAUGUUCGAGCAAAGAAGAGUGGAGGGGUGGAAAACAGCACUAACACAAGUUGGCAAUUUGUCCGGGUGGCAUUUAGAUAAUAAUAGUAAUGAAGCUCAAGUUAUUGACGAAAUCGUUCGGAGUAUUGCAUCGCAUACGAAUCUAGUGAAGCAUCCAGAUGGAAUAGAGUCUCCUGUACAAGUGCCUGAUUUGUCCAGUUUCCCAAGUCCAGUUGGAAUAGAGUCUCAUGUACAAGAGCCCCAUUUGUCAAGUUCCCCAAGUCCAGUUGGAAUAGAGUCUCUUGUACAAGAGCCACAACUGUCCAGUUUGCCCUCAAGGAACAGUGAGCAGGGGAGUAAUUCUUCCAUAUCAAGCCAGGGAGUAAUACUAUUUUUGAUUGGAUCAGUGAUUGGCCUACUCCAAUUGCAUGAUCUAUUUGAGACAUACCCUGCAAACAUGUGGAUCUCCGAAGCUGCCUUGGUCAUCUUUUGCUUGUCAUAUGCAACCAUGACGAGGAUUAAUGGGACUCGUUGGGCAAGAUACUCUCAAAUCAUUGACAGUUUCCAGGCCCUUUCAGGACCACUUGUACCCGUCUCACUGUCAUCAAUCCAUCUGCCGCAUCAGCUUUCAUGGUUAUUUUACAUCAUAUGGGCUUUUCUGGUUUUUAUAGUUGCUGCAUUUACAUGGAUUUACCCUGAGGGGGAGGGUAGGGAGGCCCAGGGGGGUCAAAUGCCCUUCCUCACCCCCACAAGAAUUUCUUUUAUUCAGUAGAAAAGUUUUCAAAUGCACCGGUUGUGACGCAAAUUGUCAUUCAUUUACUGUACUUCUUUCAAUCAGCCAAAUUUUUCUUCUACAAGUGUUCAACAAUUUAG